AUGUAUAUCAGAAGGAUAAAUAUUAAAUAUUUAUCUUUUUCAUUGUUAUUAUAUUUUAUUUAUCGAACAAAUGUUCCUAACCAUUCAGAAAAAAACUUUAAAUAUACUAACACAUUUGAAGGAAAGACGCCAUUUAUAUCUGCAACGUUAGUAAAAAAAAAUGGAAAAUUAUUAACGAGACAGAAUAUUAUUACAUGUUUCUUGAAAAAAAAAAUAUUUACAAACAAUAGCUAUAUAGGGGAGGAAAAAAGAAAAAAAAAGAUAAGUUAUUUUAAUAGAAAAUUUUCCUUAAAAAGCAGAAAAUGUAGUGGAUACAGAAAUACGAGAGAAGGAAAGGAAGAAAUUGUUAGAAAAGUUAAAAGAAUUUUGAAAGUAACAAAAUUAUUAAUUCAAUUAAACAGUUUUAAGUUAACUCCAAAUUUAAGAAUGGACUUACUAAUAAAUAUGCCAAGACCACAUGUACGAAUACAUAUGGUUAAAAACACGUUAAUGAAACUGGCUGUUAAAAAUACCCCCUUUGAAGCUGUUACUCCAUUUUUAAAAGAAAGCAAUGUAUAUUUGUUUAUUAUGGAUGAAAAUUACAUAUCUUUCUCCCUCUAUCGAAAUAAAAUGUUUUGCUCCUUAUAUAAAGAAUAUAAACUGAAUAACGUUAUAAAAGUGGCAGUAUAUGAAAAUACAGUUUUAAAUAAAAAGGAAACAGAAGAUUUAAUAAACUUGAAAUCAUAUAAUGUAUAUUUUGGUCAUAUUAUAAAUAAAAUCAAUAAAAUAAUUACAAGCAUACCUAGCUCGAUUAUGCAAAUUCCUUCAUCCAUAGCAAAAGGAAUUUAUUUACAUUCGCAAAAAAAAGAAUAA